CGCUAUACAAAUCCGAAAGGAAACGGCUUCAAGACGCUUUUUUUACAGCUGGAAAGAGAAGAGGCGAUGUUGGAGCAAUAUAUUGCGUAUCAAGAAUGCCUGCUGCCUUCGACGAAUUCGUCUCCGGUUCCACUGUAUCAUUAACAGCGCUUCGUCUCAGCCUUGUGUGCCAUGACUGGCGAGUAACGAUACACUCCUUGCCAAUGUUGUGGGCGCGCAUUUCAGUAUGGCUGAACCGCGCUGAGAAGUUGCCAUGGACUCGCAUUAUGCAACCCCUUGCUCUAUACCUGCGACAGGCCAGCACCCAUCCUCUUUCCAUUAAUUUUACCUCCGACCGAACAGGACAAGCCCAGGCACACCGACUGCUCCGCGUUCUCGCUGGCCAGGAAACCCGCUCACGAAUCGAAAACUUGUCGAUGUGCGUCUCAAACUCAUUGUUGUUUGAGAUCUCUCUAGACAGACUUGGGUGGAACUUUCCAUACCUCUGUCAUCUUAAUCUGGAGAUUAUGAUGUUGAGGCUCCUUAUCCUCAAACCCUCCGCUUACGUUCCCUCGUUUUGCAAAGGGGCGGGACCGCGAUCGGCUUUAGUGAUCAGAUCACCUCGGUCACCCACCUUACACUCCUAUGAUAGAAUCCACCCUCCAUGAAAUACAAGCUGCACUUCCGCACUUUCCUAAUCUCAAUCAUGCCACAUUCAAAAUCAUGCAAAAAACGUCCCGCACCGAAACUUGGUUCAAUGAACCAGCCAUCUGCCGCCAUUUGACCGUGACUUCUCUCAAUCUCACCCUAUCCAAAGACACCAUUCUUUCUGAAUUGGCUCAAAAUAUUGCACUUCCGAACCUGAACAGCCUCGAGUUCUGCUUUGAGCUGGGCAAAAAUGUCGGU